AGUUCUUUCUUCUUUUUUUCGAGGAAACAAUUGCAGGGAAUCGAUCUCGGAUUCUAUUUUUCACUUCCACUUUCAGAAUGUUGAGAGAUUUCAAAUUCUUGAGGCGAAACUCGAGCAAGAACGAGGAAAUCGAGAAUGUACCAGUGAACCCUAGCGACUCACUAGCUUCUCAACCGAGCAAUGAUGGUUCAAGUAGAGCUCCUCUCAACACGAUUCAAGAUCCAACGCCAAACCCUAAAUCAGAACCAGAUGAAAGCAUUCGAAGCCGAGUCGAUAAAACCCCUACUAAGCCCAAACCUAAACUCCCUGAUUCGACUUUGCCACUUAAAACCCCAGAUAAACAUGGAUUUUUGUCGAAAAAGAGGUUUGGUUGGGCGAAGAAUGAGGCGGUGGAAUCUGAUUUGCGAAAUGGGGGGAUGACGAAUAUGACGCCAAGGGUGAGUAGGGGAAUAGGGAGGGCCAAUUCUAGUUGUUAUUCGGAAAGCAAUUCGACACAGAGUACGCCGACGAAGAGCGUAAGUAAGCCUCCGGCUUCGGGUUUUAGGAACAAAUUUGAUGGGAAUGGAGGGAUGCGUGGAGGGAAUUUCGCUGCAUUGUAUAAAGGAGUGCCUAGUUCUUCUUCUUGUGGUCCGCCUACUGUUGUGAAUACUGUUGAAGUUCCUCACUUUGACCUUAAAGAAGACCCGUCUUUUUGGAUGGAUCACAAUGUACAGGUUCUUAUUCGUGUCCGUCCUCUCAAUGGCAUGGAGAAGAGCACACAUGGCUAUAACAGAUGUUUAAAACAAGAAAAUUCUCAAAGCAUCGCUUGGAUUGGGCAACCAGAAACUAAAUUCACGUUUGAUCAUGUGGCAUGUGAGACAGUAGAUCAGGAAAUGCUUUUUCGGAUGGCUGGUCUGCCAAUGGUGGAAAAUUGCUUAUCUGGCUAUAACAGCUGUAUGUUUGCCUAUGGCCAGACAGGAAGUGGAAAGACCUAUACGAUGCUUGGUGAGAUUGAAGAUUUGGAAGUCAAGCCAAGUCCACAACGGGGAAUGACACCACGGAUAUUUGAGUUUUUGUUUGCUAGAAUUCAAGCUGAAGAGGAAAUCCGAAGGGAUGAGAAGUUAAAAUACAAUUGCAAGUGCUCUUUCCUUGAGAUUUAUAAUGAACAAAUAACAGAUCUUCUUGAUCCCUCUGCUACCAAUUUGCUUCUGAGGGAAGAUGUUAAGAAAGGGGUGUACGUGGAAAAUCUCUCUGAAUUUGAAGUUCAGACAGUGGGUGAUAUUUUGAAGCUUUUAACCCAGGGCUCUUUAAAUAGGAAAGUUGCAGCGACAAAUAUGAAUAGGGAGAGCAGUCGUUCACAUAGUGUUUUUACAUGUGUAAUUGAGAGCAGGUGGGAAAAGGAUUCCACAACUAAUUUGCGGUUUGCAAGAUUAAACCUGGUUGAUCUUGCCGGUUCGGAAAGGCAGAAAACUUCUGGUGCUGAGGGUGAGCGUUUAAAGGAAGCAGCUAGCAUAAACAAAUCUUUGUCAACGCUAGGUCAUGUAAUUAUGAUUCUUGUGGAUGUGGCUCAUGGAAAGACACGGCAUGUUCCUUAUAGAGACUCAAAGCUCACAUUUCUUCUUCAGGAUUCACUUGGUGGAAAUUCAAAAACAAUGAUAAUUGCUAAUGUCAGCCCUUCUGUCUGCUGUGCAACUGAAACCCUGAACACUCUAAAGUUUGCUCAGCGAGCAAAAUUAAUUCAAAACAAUGCUGUGGUGAAUGAAGAUUCCACAGGAGAUGUCAUUGCACUACAAAACCAGAUACGACUUCUAAAGGAAGAGCUUGGUGCUCUUAAAUGUCAGAAUGUAUCCCGAUCUCUGUCGUUUGGUCCAACAAUCAGUGGUACAAUGCAAUUAGAAGAAAAUCCUUCUGAUGAUAUCACAUAUGAAGUGGGUCAACAACAAGUUGAUGAUUUACUUGGAUAUGAAUCCAGAAGCAUUGUGAGAAUGUCCAGUAAGCAGUUAAAAUCUUUGGAGACAACACUUGCUGGUGCUUUGAGAAGGGAGCAAAUGGCAGAAACUUGUAUCAAGAAGCUUGAAGCAGAGAUUGAACAGUUGAAUCGUUUGGUUCGUCAAAGAGAGGAAGACACUAGAAGCUCUAAAAUGAUGCUUAGGUUUCGGGAAGACAAGAUUCAAAGAAUGGAGUCACUUGUUCGUGGCUCAUUACCUGCGGAUUCUUUUUUAUUCGAAGAGAAUAAAGCACUCUCAGAAGAGAUUCAGUUACUUCAAGCUAAAGUUGAUAAAAAUCCUGAAGUAACUCGUUUUGCUUUGGAGAAUAUAAGACUUUUAGACCAACUUAGAAGAUUUCAAGAAUUCUACGAAGAAGGAGAAAAGGAGAUACUCUUAGAGGAAUUAUCCAAACUGCGGGAUCAGCUCCUUCAAUUUCUUGAUGGAAAGUCUAAGCAGCAUAGCUACCCAAGCUCAGAUGAUCAGUUGCAGGAGGUUGUUCGCAUCAGCAAAGAAAAUAACUCUCUACAGUUAGAGUUGAAAAGCACUCUCAAUGAGUUAGAAGAAUGCAGGGACAACCUUAAUUCUUGUUUAGAGGACAAAGCAAAACUUAGUAGAGAAAUUAACGAUUUACGUACUAUGUUAAAUAGCCUCAAGUCUUCAGCUUGUCAUCAAGAUGGCAACAUCAAGACCAUAAAGGGUUCAGAUCGAAAUGGGGAUCUGAAGGAGAUGAAUCCUAUUCAGACAAUGAAAAAUGCGGAGCAAAUUAUGGAUUUGCAGUUGGAAUUGGAUAUACUGAAGAUUAUUCUUCAAGAAGAGAAAACAACUCAUGACGAAGUUGAAGAAAGGGCAAAGUGCUUGGCUAGAGAUCUUGAGAUAGCACAAGGCAAGCUUUUGCUGCUGAGCAAACAAGUUGAAGAUGCAAAUGGUGAACUAAAAGAGGCAAAGUCUGUAAUUGAAGCACUUGAGUCCCAGCAAAUUUUGUCAAUCAAUGAGAUGGAGGACCUGAGGAAAAGCAAUAGUCAUUUUGUGAAGCUUUUGAGUGAACAAGAAGUUGAAAUUGUUGCCUUGAAAGAGCAACUUUCCAGUAGAGCGUUUAGAGAUCACCCACCUCCUGAAAAGAUGGAGAGUGAAGACUCUGCCCUCCAGCGGAAACUGAAGAGGAUGCAUGCCUCUCUUGAGAAGGCCAAGAAAAUGAAUAUGUGGUACCAAAGUGAUCGUGCUUAUUUGGCAUCUAACGAAGAAGAAAUGGAUGAAACUCGUCGGCAGGCUGAAGCUGAAACUGCUGAGGUGAUUGUCUGUUUGCAGGAAGAACUUACUAUUCUUCAGCAGCAAGUCCAAGAUUGUCAUUUGAAAGAGAUGGAGGCUCAAAAAGGUGCCACCAUUUUAGAAACUGAGUUGAAGGAGUUGCAAGAAAAGGCAUAUAUGUUGACUGAAGAUAAUAAACAGUUACAUGAAAGGCUUGAAAUGAAAGAGAUGGAGGCUCAAAAAGGUGCCACCAUUUUAGAAACUGAGUUGAAGGAGUUGCAAGAAAAGGCAUAUAUGUUGACUGAAGAUAAUAAACAGUUACAUGAAAGGCUUGAAAUGAAAGAGAUGGAGGCUCAAAAAGGUGCCACCAUUUUAGAAACUGAGUUGAAGGAGUUGCAAGAAAAGGCAUAUAUGUUGACUGAAGAUAAUAAACAGUUACAUGAAAGGCUUGAAAUGAAAGAUGGGGAACUAAGAACAUUAUCAGAAGAGUGGGAACUUCUGGCUUCUGAGAUUGAAAAUAUUCUUGCUGAUGGUCAUGAGGAACUUGUUGAUGCCUAUGAUCAACUUGAUCUCAUUUCCAGUUCAUUUCCACAGAGAAGGAUUUGGAUUUCUGAGCAAGUUGGUAGGGUGGUCAGAAUACUCUCAGAAAAGGAAUUAUUGAUUGAAGAACUUGGCAGAUGCCUAGAGGAUGCAACAGAUAAAAGAAGUGAGCUGGAGUGCAUGCUGAAGUCUUUGAGAGGUGCUGCACUGGUUAUUAAUGAAGCACAGCAGCAAGAAUGCAAUGAAAAAGAGAAAGCAAUUGUUCUACUGAAGUCAGAACUAGAUGCGAAAACAUCCAUUAUAACAAAGCUGGAGGACAGAAUGAAGAUGGCUGAAGAUGACCUAAGAAAUGCAUCUGUUUGUGCAACAGUUGCUUUUGUACUUGUGAAUAGAUUAGCAGAGGCAAACCUUAAUCAUCUCAAUGCAUUGAAGGAUAAGGACGUAUGCCUUGCAGAAUCAGCAGAGAUGAUCUUGAGUAAGGACUCUAUUCUCAUUGAUCAAGCUGCCAUGAUUGAAGAAGCUGAAAAACAGAUUCGUUCCCUUCAAAGUGAGGUUGCAAAGUCAGAGGAAGCCUGUGCUGAAUUUGGGCAGAGGCUUUUGGAGGAGGAGCAGCGUGCUGCUGCUAUGAAACAAAAGCUUGAAGAUAUGGAAGAGAAUGACAUUUUGAAGACACACGAGAAGCUGUCUGAGCUAAGAACUGGUGUAUCCACACUCAGGGCUCAUGUAGGCAUGUAUAGAGAUUGUGGGAGAAGUCCUGAAAGAAGUGUCAGAGAAAGACUUUAUACCUCUGAUGAUGGCAGUGAUGAAAGACGGUCAAAUGUAGGGACAGAUGACAAGGACUUGCACUCUGUUCAGGAGCUGGAAACUGAUAUAUCUGAUUGUUCCUUUAAAGUUGGAGAGAGUCUGCAUGGAUCUCCAUGUAAUGAGAAACGUAUGGGGUUUAGAAGAACUUGCAUGAAUGUGUGUGACAGAGAAGUGACCAUUAUUCUUCUGAAAAAGGAAAUAAAAUCAGCCAUGGAAAGCUUAAAAGAGGUUCAAGCUGAGAUGGGCGAAAUAAGGGAUGAAAAAGAGGAGAUCCAGUUGUCUGAGAAACAGAGCAAGAAAAGCCUAAGGUGCCUCACAACACACGUAAUUGCUCUGGAAGCAACAAUGAAUGAAUUCGGAAAGCUGUGUGAACUCAAGAUUGGAGCUGUCAAUCGUAAGAUAAAUACAUUUGAGCAAUCCAUGCAAGAAAUAAGAACUCAUUGGUGCCAGACAAAAGAGUUUUUUGAACUUGAAGUUGGUGAUGCAAAGAUGAUUGCAACUCAGAAAGCUGCAGAGGCUUCUUGUAUUCUUGCUAAAUUUGAGGAGGCACAAGAUACCAUAACAGAAGCAGAUAUUAUGAUCAAUGGGCUCAUGAUUGCUAAUGAAACCAUGAAGCUUGAUAUUAAAAGGCAGAAGCAAGUGGAAGCCACGCUAGUUAAUGAGAAGGAUGCGCUAGUUAAUCAGGUGCAAAGCUUGCAAUCCAUUAAUAUUGUGAAGGAUCAGCAACUUGAAAACCUAGAAGAGCAGUUUGGCUCAAGUUUGACAGAAACAACGUACCUGGUUUCUGAACUGGAGGGUCUCAUGACUGAGUUGCAAACUGCUUUCUCUCAGAAUAUCAAGGCUGUAGCUUGUGAUUGCCAUUGCCUCAAGUCUCUGCUGUUUGAUUCCGUGAAGCUUGCACGGUCAUGGCUUGAAGAUGUGUGGUCAGAGAUUAUUGUGAAGGACUGUGCUGUCUCAGUGCUUCACCUGUGUCAUAUGGGAAUUUUGUUGGAAACCUUGACAGGGCUGAAUGCGGAGAAUGGUUUGCUUCAGCAUGGCUUGUCUGAGUCAAAUGCUGUUAUAGCUGAUUUGAGGGAGCGCAAUUCCAAGUCAAGAAGAGAGCUUGAAAUGUGUAGACUUAUUAAAGGAAAGCUUCUAGCUGAUAUCAAGAAUAGUUUUGAUCGAAUAUCAAAGAAGGAAGAGGAAACUGGUGAGCUUAGUGUAAAAUUAGUCACAUUUGAGAAAAAGAUUUCUGAUUUACAGGUUCAAGAGGAAGUUAUGUUGCAAAGGUCUAACUAUAUGGGAUCUCAGCUCACAGUUCUAAUGAAGGAAUUGGAUUUGAGUAACACAAAUUUUGUAGCUUCCCUUCUUGAUCAAGAGCAACUGCUCAAAGAUAAAGAUGACCUUCUCAAAUCUCAGACCGAGAUUUCUAUGGUAGACUUGUGGAUGAAAGACUUUGAGUCUCUUAUUUUGGCAUGUGAGAUGGAACAAAUGGUUGUUCAAUUAGCUGAUUCUAAAAAAGAGCUUACCAAUGCGUAUGCUGUCCUUGAUGGUUUGGAGAAAGAAAUGAUUCUUUCAAAAGUAGAUUCAUAUUUGAAAGAACAGGUCUUGGUGGAGUGGGAAAUUGAGUUGUCUUUUACACAAGAAAAACUUGAAGAAUUGAAAAGUGAGUUAAGAAAGUUGAAGAAAGAAAACUGUUUACUUCUCCAGGAUUUGGAGGAGAAAAGAUCUGAUCUUGAAUCCUCUGUAAGUUGCCUUGACGCAUCUAAUCUGGAAAUUCACCAGUUGAAAGAAAAAACUUUUUCGUUGGAGACUUGCAUUACCGGUCUACAAACUGAUCUAGAGCUGAAAGCUGUUGAAUUGAAGGAAGUCCAACAUUCUCAAUCUAUCAUCAUGGAGGAUUUAGGUCUGAAAAGUCAUGAUUUGCAAAUUUCUGUUGAGAGAGUAAAUACUUUGAUGGAAGAGAAAGCUCUCUUGAGCAAGAAACUUAGAUCUCUUGAGAAAAAUGAGCUUCCAGCCUUCAACAAGUCAGCCUUGAAUGCUGCAAAAUGUGUUGAUUCAGUGGAAACUACAGAUAUGACACAUAGUAGGUUAUUUAGCACAGUGAAUAAAGGUGUUACAGUUGCUGAUAAAAUGUUUCAGGAGUUGCAUGAUAAUGCGAAGAGGAUAUCCAAUUUCGUAGAAGAGUUUGAGUACUUAGAGCAUCAUGCCAACAAGCUGGAAUCUGAAAACAUGACUCUCCAGGCAGAGUUAUCAAGGAAGGAUGAGGUUUUGAAAGGUCUAUUAUUUGAUCUCAGCUUAUUACAAGAGUCUGCUUCUAAUACUAAGGAUCAAAAAGAUGAAAUUGAGGAAAUGGUUUCUUCUUUGGAGGCUUUAGAAGAUGACCUUGCUGUAAAAUCUAGUGAACUUAAUGAGGCUGUUAGUCAUAGUCAAAUGCUUGAAGUGCAGCUGCAAGAAAAGCUAGACAUGAUCUCCAACCUUCAGUUGGAUAUUUCAAAUGAACGUGAGUCUUUCAAACUUCUUUGCUCUGAAAAUCAAGAGUUGAGAGCUCAUUUUGAGGAUGCCUUAGCUGCAAAAAGUUCUCUUGAAGUUGAAUUAAGAGAGAGAAAGAAGAUCAUUGAGAGCUUGGAGGUGGAACUCUCAGAAAUGAGUAAUUCCCUUUCCCAAAUGAAUGAUACCGUAGAGUCCAUGAGUAGCACUUUAAAUGAAUUUGCUGGUGAAAGAGAUCAGCUUCACAUGGAGGUGCUUAGCUUGGAAGAACAGCUUGGAAAGGCACAUGCUGAUGUUAAACAAAGUGAAGCUAUUGCUAUGGAAGCUGAAAUGAUGGCUGAAUCAAGCAAGAGCUAUGCUGAAGACAAGGAAGCUGAGGUGAAGCUAUUAGAGAGAUCUGUUGAAGAGCUAGAAUGUACUAUAAAUGUACUGGAAAACAAGGUUGACAUUAUCAAAGGAGAAGCUGAACGUCAACGAUUAGAAAGAGAGGAGCUAGAAUUAGAGCUUCAUGCUGUAAAAAAUCAGAUGCAGAAUGUUAAAAAUGCUGAUGCUGACAUGAAAAGGUGUUUAGACGAGAAGAAGAAAGAUCUUCAACAAGCCUUGGAUCACAUACAAAUUCUUGAAAGAGAUAUAUCUGACAAGGAUAAAGAGAUUGCCCAAUGCAAAACACAUAUUUCUGAAUUAAAUUUGCAUGCAGAAGCCCAGGCGAAGGAGUAUAAGCAGAAGUUCAAGGCAUUGGAAGCCAUGGCUGAACAAGUUAAACCUGAAGGCUACUUUAACCAUGCCCAAAGUCAUUCAUCGAACAAGUUAGAAAAAAAUGUGGCAAAGUCUAGAGGCUCUGGUUCCCCGUUUAAAUGCAUUGGUUUGGGCUUGGCACAACAAGUAAAAUCUGAGAAGGAUGAGGAUCUUACUGCUGCAACGCUGCGCAUUGAAGAAUUAGAAUCCUUAGCAGCAAAUCGACAGAAGGAGAUAUUUGCUCUCAAUGCAAGAUUAGCAGCUGCUGAGAGCAUGACCCAUGAUGUAAUUCGAGAUUUACUGGGAGUCAAAUUGGAUAUGACCAAUUAUGUGUCACUGUUGGAUAAUCAGCAAGUGCAGAAAAUAGCAGAGAAGGCUAGACUUAAUAGUUUAGAAUCUCAAGUGAAGGAGCAUGAGGUUGUCAAGCUUAAGCAGCAACUCAAUGAAUUUGUUGAGGAGAGGCGAGGGUGGCUUGAGGAAAUCGAUAGAAAACAGGCUGAGGUGGUAGCUGCCCAAAUAGCAUUGGAGAAGCUUCGUCAGAGAGACCAAUUGCUCAAAACUGAAAAUGAAAUGCUUAAGACGGAGAAUGUAAAUUACAAGAAGAAAGUAAUGGAACUUGAAGGAGAAGUAAAGAAGCUGUCUGGCCAGCAAAACCUCCAACAGCGAAUUCAUCAUCAUGCCAAAAUUAAGGAGGAAAACAACAUGCUAAAAAUUCAAAAUGAAGACCUCGGUGCCAAACUGCGGCGGACAGAAGUUGUCCUUUCACGUGUCAGGGAAGAGCUUGCUCAUUACCGUGCUUCUAUUGGGAAAAAUCCUCACAUUAAUUUUGACGAGGAGCAACGUUUGAAUAAUAAACUAAGGGAAUCUGAUGAUGACCGGGUGCAGUUAGCACAGAAGUUAUUGGGAUUGUGUACAAGUGUUUUAAAGGCUGCUGGUAUAACAAAACCUGUUACUGACAUCUGCCCUGCGGCCGCUGAAGAGGCACUUGAGCACCUCAAAAACAAAGUCAUCUCACUUGAACAAGAAUUGCAAAGUUUGACCCUCAAGAAUAGAAUUACCAGUGAAAGAAACAGAUUGUCAGAACUAAUGCCCCAGACUUCACCAGUAAGCUCAAGUACAGAUGAAAACUGUCAUACUCCGAGAAGGGUACCCCAAGCUCCAUUUCUUUCUACAUUAGAUCGAUAGGAGGAUGCAAUAGUAAGCAUUUUGCUAACAAAUCCAGGCUCAUUGAGAUGUACAUUAAUUUUUUUUUUAUACUUGUAUAAUAUUCCUUGUAAAUAAUGUUUCUGCCGAAAUGCAAGUCGGAAGCUGCAGCAAGUUGCGACCCAAACAGAAAUCAAAUUUAGCUUUCAAUGUAUAUUGUAUAAUUUAUUCGAUGAAAAAACAUUUUCCAUUACUUUCCACUAAUUUUUAA